AUGUCCGAAAAUCCCAGCAAUGGUCCGCCAGCCGGCUCCGAUCCACCGCAGAUCGACUUGAACAACAAUCUUGAGGGACCCCCACCACCCAAACCAGAGGAAGGUAAUAGGUGUAACGUAUCACGUACAUAAUAUAAUGAUUAAUUUCAGGUCAACCCGAAGGUAUUCCAGUCGCGCCAGCUGCAAAUCCGAGCGCUGCAUCCCUUCAGCAGUCCGAAACUGGCUCGGCUCCGGCAAGCCCGGCUUCGAAUUUGGGCCAGCCAGCCCAAGCGGAGGCGAGUUCGAACCCUCCGGAAAUUCCGACCCUUCCCAAUCCCGAUGUUGUGACUGGAUUGGAACCUGCGCCGGAAACAUUCCCCUCGGAGGGUCCAGAGAGUUUGAGAGGACAAGAGGCCGAAAAAGAGACGAAAAAUGAGAGUGCCGGACAAGGUAGGAGAAUAUGAGGAGCCUGUAGGGGUACUUUUUUUGAAAAAUUUUGAUUCCCAGAUAUUGAGGAAGCUUGGAUGAGAAUUUUUUGAGAUUUUGGCUUUAAAUUUGCUGAUUUUUAAGGAAAAUGUAAAAAAAAAUAUUUUUUUGAUUUUUUUGUCCAAAACUACAGUUUUUUCCGAAGAAUUUCAACCUAAAAAUCUCACGUAUGCCCUAAAAAAUUCUAAUUUACAAUUGUCACCCAGUUUUAUCGAGAUCCGAGAACUUUGCCCCACCAAGGGCAACACUUGACCCAAUCGAGUCAAGUCUUCCUCUUGGUCCAUAUAAUCGACCUUUUUCGAAUAACAAUACAUUUUUUGACACCCCGAAAGCUUUUUUCUAGUUUAUUUCACAAACGGUCAAUAUGAAAUUUAAAAUUCAACGGUCAAAUUACAGGUUACCCCACUUUUUCAAAAAUUUUAAAAAUUAAUUUGAUAUUUUACAGGGUGGGCCACUAAAACCUUCCGUCCUCUUUUUUUAGGUUUCUCCGCGGAGACUCCGCCGAUUUUCAUGAAAUUUAGGUUUUUCUGGAGCAGAGAUUCGCCAUUUUCAACCGAUUGAAUUUCAGGAAAAAACAUUCUGAAUUUACUUUACUAUGCCUUCCCAAAGUUUUGAAAAUUAUUUUCGAGCCGAAACCGCUAAAACUUUGAAAAUUUUUGGAAUGAUUUUCAAUUGCCUUUCUCGGACUUGGAAAAUUUCGGGCUUUUUUGGUAAAAUCGUGGAGUAAAAAUUUCCGUACGCUUUCUCUAAACUUUGUUUGUAAGUUUGUAAGUUAAAGGAAGUAAGUUAAAAUUUGUAAGUUAAAACCAAAAAAGUGUUGUCUGCAUUACCGUUAGGGUAUGAAUGUUGAAAAAAAAUUUUUUUUCAACAAGAGUGAAAAAGUCCACAUUAAGGCUACGAGUCAUGGCUUGGCGCAUUGAGGCUUGGAGCCAGGCUCGAUUGAAGUUAAACCAUGCUCAAGAUCCGCAAUUCGAGCUGUUCUUAACUUUCAAAGCCCCUACAAGUUCGUGCUGCAAAAGGAGGUGGACACGUCGAAAUCAGAUAGAAAUAUUAAUAAUCAAAUUGUUAAAAAGAUUACUUUUUACAACAGUAUUUUGCAAAUAUAUGAGGCAAACCAAGUAAGAUUUCACCCAAAAACCCGAAAAAAUGACCGAGUUUUCAAAAUCAUUCCAAAAAUUUCCGAAGUUUUAGCGGUUUCGGCUCGAAAAUAAUUUUCAAAAACUUUGGAAAGGCAUAGAAAGGUCAAUUCAGGAUAUUUUUUUUUUCAAAUUCAACCUGUUGAAAAUGGCGCAUCUCAGCUCCAGAAAAACCUAAAUUUCAUGAAAAUCGGCGGAGUCUCCGCGGAGAAAUCUAAAAAAAGAGAACGGAAGGUUUAGUGGCCCACCCUGUAUUGUUUUUUUAUUAUUCCUCGUUGGAGUUUUGAUUUUGUUUAUUUUUCCUAUCCAAUUUUUCAUUUCAGAUCUCCUCACCGCUUCCCCGGCCGCAUCUCCUGCGGCCCUUGGUGAUGCUGCCAAUCUAGCCUCGAGCGAAGCCAGCAUCUCCCCUCUUCAUUCCAGCUCUGACAAUUCGGUUCGUACCCGCUCGAAGAGGUCGAGCAGCAGCAGUUCGAAGGAUUGGAAACACACCGAGAAUUGCUCUUAUUCGAUUGUGGUGCGAACCUCCAAAGAACCCAAGGCCGGGACCAAUGCCAACGUCUUUGUUCAGGUGAGUUUUGGGAUAAAAGAAGUUGAAAAAGAGGAAAGAUAAAAAAAUUGAUAAAAAAAUGAUUUGAAAAAAAUAAAAAAAAGUUUUCGAAGGGAAAUUUUCGUGUUAAAAAUAUUAAAAACCCGGUCGUUAAAAUUUUCAAAAAAUUUGGAAUUUUUUUGGAUUUUCCGAGUUUUUUGACGGAAUCUGGCCCAAAUUAUUUGAAAAAGCGAAAAACAUUUUUGGAGGGAAAUUUUGGUUUUAAGAAUAUUUAAAAACACAUGCUCCAAAUUUUCAAAAAAUUUGAAAUUUUUUAGGGUUUUCCGAGUUUUUUUUUUCUUUGACUAAACAUGGCCGUGUCUGCAUAUUUCCACCGUAGAGGGUAAUGUUUCCACAAAAAAUCAAUUUUUUCUAUACGAAAUUACAGAAGAUUUGGGCAAAAAAGUGUUUUUCUCUCUGACCGCGCUCCGCAUUUUGCGCGCUCUCUCGGAAAAAAGAUGAUUGAAUAUCUGGUGGAGCAAAGUGAUAUAUGCAUCGCCAACAUAGUCUAUAUACGAUAAAUUGAAAAAAGUCCUAAAAUAUCCAUUUUUUCAGCUGACCGAUGAAGAUGGUGUUCAAACGGACAAGUUGCGUCUCAAAUGUUCGAUUACUCAUCGCCAAAAAUUCCGACGUGGUCAUGUACGUUUAUUUUCACUUCUUUUACUAACAGGGAAGUACUACAAGUGCGACGCUCAGAUUUUGAUGACACUUGGCACAAAUUUAGAAUAAUUUGUUCUAAGAUAUAUGCGAGAAUCCUAGCUCGCGCUUUGCAGAAACAACCGAGAUUUUUAGAUCGAAAGUCGGCGAAAAUUUAGGACUUUUUGCCGAAUUUUGGCAUGAAAAGUUUCAUGCCUACUUCAACCGUAAAGAAUAAUGUUUCUACAAAAAAUCAAAUUUUUCCGCACGAAACUGCCAAAGUUAUGGCCAAAAAACGCUUUUCUGACCGCUCUCCACGCUUAGCGUGCUUUCUCGGCAGCAAAAAUCGUUCGAUAUCUCGGCGGCGCCCGCAAAGCGCGAGCUAAAACUUUCAGGAAUUGAUAUUUAGUCCCUACCCGAUGUGUGUGCAAAAUUUAAAGAAAAUCUGAGCGUCGCACUUGGAGUACUUUCCCUGUAAGUUAAAUAGUCACAAAAAUUACAUAAAUUUUGUUUUCAGAGUGACCUUUUCCUUCUGGUAGAUCAAAAUCAACUCUCGAAUCUGAAGUAUGUGGAUGUUUGGCAUCAAAGAAAGAAGCCUGGCGCCACAUGGCUUCUCCAUUCUAUCAAUGUCAUCGAACAUCAUGGCCAUCAGCUCUACCGUUUCCCCUAUUGCAAGACCAUCGGAGAUGAUGAUGAAACGGUAGGAAAUUUUUGGAAAAUUUAUAUUACACUUGAUAGAGGUGUAAUAUAAGAUAUUUUUUUGAUAUUUUCUGGUUAGUAAUGGGUGUAAAAUGAUUUGAGGCCGACAUUAGCCAUGCUCGCUUGGCUGUAGUUGGAGAGCCGGUCAAAGUUCUCACCGCCGAAGAUUUCCAGAUCACCAAUUGA